ACUUUUCCUAAAUGCGCAUCAGGCAGCUAUUGCUGAGGAUUUUAACUAGUAGCCAGGACUUUGAUUAAUCCACAAUUUAAAAGGCUCCACCACCAGAAACUCAUCAGGAUGCGAGAGAUAGUGCACAUCCAGAUUGGGCAAUGUGGUAACCAAAUUGGGGCCAAGUUCUGGGAAGUUAUUGGUGAAGAACAUGGAAUUGAUCCCAAAGGGAAUUACAUCGGAGACUCAGACCUCCAACUUGAGAGGAUCAAUGUGUAUUUUAAUGAGGCACAUGAUAACAAGUACGUUCCCAGGGCAAUCCUGGUGGACCUGGAACCCGGAACAAUGGACAGUGUCCGGAGCAGCCACAUUGGUCACAUGUUCAGACCAGACAACUUCAUUUAUGGUAAUUCGGGUGCUGGAAACAACUGGGCUAAAGGUCACUAUACUGAGGGCGCCGAGCUGGUCGAGAAUGUCCUGGACAUCAUGAGGAAUGAGUGUGAGAGCUGUGACUGUUUACAAGGCUUUCAGAUCACCCACUCGCUGGGAGGAGGAACAGGCUCAGGCAUGGGCACGCUCAUCAUGAACAAAAUCCGAGAGGAAUAUCCUGACAGAAUUAUGAACAGCUUCAGCAUUGUACCUUCACCAAAGGUUUCGGACACGGUGGUCGAACCGUACAAUGCCACCUUGUCCAUUCACCAACUGAUCGAGAACACAGAUUCCACCUUCUGCAUUGACAAUGAGGCUUUGUAUGACAUUUGCUUUAGAACAUUGAAGUUGGCCACACCAACCUAUGGAGACCUGAACCAUCUCGUUUCAAUGACAAUGAGUGGAGUCACCACCUCCCUGCGUUUCCCUGGCCAACUCAAUGCAGACCUGAGGAAGCUGGCGGUCAACAUGGUGCCAUUUCCCCGCCUGCAUUUCUUCAUGCCCGGCUUCGCUCCUCUGACAUCCCGCAGCAGUCAGCAAUACCGCUCACUGACAGUGCCAGAGCUCACCCAGCAGAUGUUUGAUGCCAGGAACAUGAUGGCAGCCUGUGACCCUCGCCACGGCAAAUACAUGACAGUGGCAACAAUCUUCAGAGGUAGGAUGUCUACUAAAGAGGUGGAUGAGCAGAUGUUAGCCAUCCAAGCCAAGAACAGCACCUACUUUGUGGAGUGGAUUCCCAACAACGUCAAGGUGGCUGUGUGUGAUGUUCCACCACGGGGCCUUAAAAUGUCGUCCACCUUCAUAGGGAACAACACUGCGAUCCAGGAGCUCUUCAAGCGCAUCUCAGAGCAGUUUUCAGCCAUGUUCCACAGGAAAGCCUUUCUGCACUGGUACACAGGAGAAGGCAUGGAUGAGUCGGAGUUCACAGAAGCAGAAUGUAACAUCAAUGAUUUGGUGUCCGAAUACCAACAAUACCAAGAUGCUACUGCAGACCUUGAAGUGGAAGAGUAUGAGGUGGAAGAAGAAGCUGAACCGACUAAAUAAUUAAAAGAAAGAACCAUUUAAAGAGACUACACAAUUGGACUAACCAAGAGUUUGAUAUUAGGGGCAACAUAACUGUGAAAUUAAUACUUAAGUAAUAAAUGGGACCAACCCAGUGAUCUCCAGCUGAACAUCGAUCUUAUUGAAAUUGGACACACUAGACAGAAAUCUCAGUGGAUAGGAAAUCUGUGACUGAAUUCUUAAAACUGGAAACCCUUCGGACAUCAGUUUCAAGAUUUUGGCCAACAUAUCUUAUCUAUCUUUAUGAGGUGAAUUUGGAGCAUCUCUUGAUACGUGCGAAGGUUUGGACAUUUGGCUUAUCCCAUGUAUGAUUUAUUCAGUGAGGCAAAAAAUUGGAAUUUAACUCAUUAAGCAAAUAAUGAAUUUGUUAUUGGACCUUAGGAUAUUUUGAAGGAUUGGAGACAGGUGUGUUUAAGCGUUAAUGUUGUGAAUUAUUGUAAUCAACUGCCCGUAUGAAACAGAUAUUUCACAUUUCCAGUGGCAAGAGGUAGUCAAAACUAUGGAGGGUAUAACAAUUAAUCAGAUUCAGAAAAAGAUUUUAGCUUUAUUUAGCAAAUGAAAUAAGACAAAUUAAGAACAAAACAGUAUUUAAUUAAUUAUAUCAUUUUUUUAAAAAAACCAGCACGGUGGCUCAGUGGUUAGCACUGCUGCCUCACAGCACCAGGGUCCCAGGUU